UCUCUCUCUCUCUCUCUCUCUCUCUCUCUCUCUCUCUCUCGUUUGAUUGCAUCCUUGUUUGGCCAUUGGCUCAGAGCUCUGUUUUGUUUCAAGAAACAGGGGACUGUACUUUUCAAGGUCUUCAAUAGCAAACCCAACGUAUCUGGACAUCUAAAACCGUGACUGAAUUCCUGUAGCUGCGCUUGCAUGGAAGGUGGGGAAGGCGUGGAGCUGAAGGAAAGAAGCAAUGAAGUGGUGGUCUCAAUUUUGGGAUUCCAAGAAUCUGGGUCUCCCCCUAUUUCUAGGAGUACCCCAACAAGGAAUAUUGAGAGUCUCAAAUCCAGAGUCCAAAUGUCUACAAUUACAGGCUCUUCUUCUCCUCCAGAGAUAACCAGGCCAAGUCCCACCCCAAACAGGCCUUCAAAAGUCUCAGAAGAAUCUGCUGUUACUCAAGGAAGGGCAAUUGCAAGGUCUGCAUACAUGAAACCCAAGUCAAGAUUAGCAGAGCCAUCUUAUCCCAUCAAUGCUCCUUUGGUUAAAGAGACUGGCAAAUUGAUCACUUCAAGCUCUCCUUAUAGGAAUUCCCCCAAAACCAGUGCCAGUACUCCUAAAGAAAAUGCAGGCACGGCCCCAAUAACGCCAAAAACACCACUGAUGGCUUCACCUGGAGGAGGGGAGGACGAGGAUGAGGACGAUGAAGAUGUCUAUAAAACCGCGAAUCUUCAGUUGGGUGAGAAAGUGAGUAAGAAAUUCAAGGUCUCGGUUUUACUUGAGUGGAUGACAUUUGUGGGUAUAAUGGUUAUCUUGAUUUGUAGCUUAACUAUUGGUAAAUUGCAGAAUGAUAAAAUUUGGAGUUUGAGAAUAUGGAAAUGGUGUGUGCUGGUGUUGGUAAUUUUUUGUGGUCGGUUGUUUACCGGAUGGUUUAUCAAUGUUCUGGUUUUCUUGAUUGAAAGGCACUUUCUGCUUAAGAAGAAGGUUCUGUAUUUUGUCUAUGGUUUGAAAAAGAGUGUUAGGGUUUCCAUUUGGCUGGGUUUGGUUCUUUUGGCUUGGGGUCUGUUGAUAUCCCGGGGGGUAAAGCGAUCAAAGCAGACUACCAGAAUUUUGAAUUAUAUCACAAGGGGUAUCGCCUGCGCUCUUGUUGGAGCAUGUAUGUGGAUGGUGAAGACAUUAGCUGUAAAGCUAUUAGCUUCUUCUUUUCAUGUGACUAGAUUCUUUGACAGGAUUCAAGAAUCGGUAUUUCAUCAGUAUGUUCUUCAGACCCUUUCGGGGCCUCCAUUGAUGGAAUAUGCAGAAAGUGUUCGGAGAUCUAGGAGUAGCGGUCAAUUGAGUGUGAAGAGUAUGAAGAAAGGGAAAAAAGUGGAGAAAGAAGAAGUGAUUGACAUGGAGAAGCUUCAUAGGAUGAAACAAGAGAAAAUUUCUGCUUGGACCAUGAGAGGAUUGGUUAAAGUGAUACAGACUUCAGGGCUUUCAACUAUUUCCAAUGCCCUUGACGAGAGCAUUGAUGAAGAGGGGGUUGAAGAAGAGAUUACUAGUGAGUUGGAAGCAAAGGCUGCUGCUUUUCGAAUUUUUCAAAAUGUAACAAGGCCUGGAUCCAAGUAUAUUUUCGAGGAGGACCUCUUGCGUUUCAUGAGAAAGGAGGAAGUGGUUGACGUGCUACCUCUGUUUGAGGGUGCAGCAGAAACAGGAAAAAUUAAGAAAUCAUCGUUAAGGAACUGGGUGGUGAAUGUCUAUAAUGAACGCAAAGCACUAGCUCUCUCUCUAAACGACACUAAAACAGCCAUUGAGGAGUUGAACAAAAUUUUGUCUGGAAUCAUUCUUGUGGUGAUCAUUAUUGUGUGGAUUCUUCUUAUGGGAUUUGCAACAACCCAAGUGCUCGUCUUCAUUUCGUCUCAGCUUUUACUAGUGACAUUUACAUUUGGCAACACUUGUAAGACUGUAUUUGAAGGCCUCAUAUUUGUAUUUGUGAUGCACCCCUUUGACGUAGGUGAUCGUUGUGUCAUCGAUGGGGUACAGAUGGUCGUCGAAGAGGUGAACAUUUUGACAACAAUCUUCUUGAGAUAUGACAAUGAAAAGAUUAUCUAUCCAAAUUCAGUUUUGGCAACCAAAGCAAUCAGCAAUUAUUAUCGAAGUCCAGAGCAGGGUGAUUCUGUGGAGUUUUCUGUUGAUUUUUCGACUUCGGCUGAGAGUAUUGCAGCCCUAAAAGCUAGAGUAAAAACGUACAUAGAGAGCAAGCCUCAACACUGGCGUCCCGGCCACAGUGUGCAAGUUAAGGAGAUUGUGGAUGUUAACAAGUUGACAAUGGGUCUCUAUGUCACACAUACCAUAAACUUUCAAAAUUAUGGGGACAAGAGCAGCCGAAGAUCUGAUCUAGUAUUCGAGUUGAAGAAAAUCUUUGCCGAUCUUGGUAUCAAUUAUAAUCUUCUUCCUCAAGAAGUUCACCUCAGCUAUGUUGGGUCUGCACCCCCUACAUUUACAGCUGAUUUGCGGUGAUAUCAUUGUGCUUGGCGCAAAAGAAAAAAAAUAAACGUCUGAACCACAGUUGUUCACUUAUUAAGACUUGUUUGGGUGAUGGAAGGAUUUAUGGAAGGAAAGGAAAAAGAUUAGAAGAUUAGCGAAACAGGCAAAAUUAUUUCAAGGGUUCUCUACCAUUUCCAAUUCCACUCGUAAAACUCUCCCCCUCGAUCCAAACACAGCCAAAGUAGACUUGAACAUGAAUGGCUUGAGUAUCAAGUAGGACUGCAGUGAGUUCCAUUUUGCAUCACGUGAGGGUCACUUGAGAGUUUAUCACAUGAGAUCUGGAUUCUUCUAGAAGAGUUUGGGACAGUCUCUACGUACUUUCUUUUUGCUUGAAUAGAAGUAUGGAUGAAACGAACGAAUUUAUUUUUGCACUUUCUUGACAAAAGAAAGUAAAAUGAUCCAUCCAUCCCAUCCUAUUAAUUGUGGAUCGACUUCCUGCAUCUCUCUUUUGUUGUGCUCUCCAGGGAAUGGAUCUUACAGUGAAACAACGGGAGUUCUUCGGUGUGCAUUUUUCUCUUCGAUAAGCUACCACUUCUGCAUCAAAGAUUGGUUUUGGUUGCUUUUUGUAUUUGCCAACCAGUGCAUUAUGGAAGCUGGAAUUCUUAAAUACCAUGUUGCUGCAAUAUUCAAAUUGCGCACUGGCAACUAAGCAAGGCUUUCAUCUUUGAUUUCCAAAUGUAUUGAAGCAACUGAAUAAUCAUAUAUUGAUUUUGUAAGUAUUUAACGAUUAGUUUCCUUUGUUUUACAUUAUUUUGCGAACUGAUUCUCAAUAAAGAUGGCUUUUCAGCUUUUCUGGUUUUCUCAUG